UUUCAUACAUCCGGGCUUAAAGUAAUUGUUCCUAAUUGCAGAGUAUUGCUUUAGAAAUUUAAAUUGUACAGUGCGAAAUAUAAAUUACAGUAUGUCUUAUGUUGAUCAAAAUUUAAAUUAUAUUUUGAAUAAAAUUCCCCCAAAAACAUUGAAAAGGCGAUCAGAAGGAAGACUCAAAACAUAUAACUCCAGUGAAGACUUAAGGAGUUGGAAUUUCACUGUCGAAGAUAGAAGGCGACAAAUUUUAGAUGUUGUCAAAAGCGAUAUAGAAAAAUGUGGGCAAUUGAGCGCGGCAAUAUUACAAGCUCUAUCUCUUCAAUCAAAAACAGAAUUGGCCAGAAAUCUGAAGAAGCUAUGGAAUUUUUUUAUGUCAAGAAAUCAAACUCCUCAAAAGAUGAAACAGCUUUUACAAUUGCAAAAACAAAUGGGUUAUGUUAGUUUAAAAGCUAUUCAGGGCUGUAUGUGUGUUGGAUACUACGACUUAGUAUGUGUAUGUGAUGAUGAAAAUUACUUCAAACAUAGAAAUAAUUUAUUAGAAAUGACUCAGACUAUGCAGGACAAGCUUGAUAAGAACGAACAUUUUUUUGAAGAUAAAUUGCCCGAAGAAAAGAAACCUUGUGCCUGCACUACUUCAGAUGGUGUUCAACAUUCUAAAAUUAGCCCAAGAGCAGCUACCCUUCCUGAUUCCAGUUAUGAAGGUUCACUUGUAGUCCAUCCAAGAAUAAAAGCUAAAGAAUUUGAAUAUGCAGAUAAAAAUGAAGGAUUUGAAGUGACUACAGCUGAAAAAGGUCUAAUAACAGCGAUACCCAAAACUAACAUAGUUUGUCAGUAUGAUAUGAAUUCGGUUAAAUGUACAGCUUUUCAAACUGAAUCAGAUCUGGUGAAUAAGGCGACUGGAAGAAGUGAACCCAUCAGCAAAUAUGUUGUUAAAGGAACAUCAACUUCCCCUCUACCUCUAGGAUAUACAAGAUCUGUUAAAGUGGAGGCAAUUUCUCAGGAUACGGAGAACACAUCUGAAGCAUAUAGAGAUAUUCAGGAUAAGUUGAAGGCUUUGGAAUAUGUGUGCCAAGAACAAAAAGACAAUAUAAAAAACUUCCAAAAGGAGCAAGCUGCUUUGGAGAGACAAAUUCAGGAAACCACUAGAUCAGAUCAACAAAGGGAAACAUGUGGAGCUUUAGCAAAUAAAGUGAAAAUACUCGAAAGGCGAUUGGCAAAAUAUAGCGAUAUUGCAGCCAAAGAUCUAGAGACUUCUAAAAACAACUCAUUGUUGAUCGACAACAUGUUAGCAGAACGAGAAGAAGUACAGAAAAAGAUGCAACAAAUGAAUGAACUGGAAACUCAACUAGUUGAAUAUAAAAAGAAAGCAACUAAAGCCGAAGAGCUGAGAGAACAGCUAAGGACGUUACAAAAAGAGAAUUCCCCAUAUUAUGAUACCAAAAAAAUCCAAUCGAGAUGUGUUGGACUUGAAAGUGAAUUAGAAAGUGUAACUGCGGAGAGAGAUGCUUUACAGAAGAAAUUUGAUAUGAUGCAAGAUGAGAUGGACAGCUUAAGAGCGCAAGCUAAAGAAGUAGAAGUUUUAUUGGUGGAAAGAGAUAAAUUACAAAUAAAAUUGAACGAUUUAAUUCAUGUACAGAUCGACUACGAAAACCUUCAACUUAAAUGCAAAUAUUUGGAAAAUUUAGCGAAAGAAAGAAACAUGUAUAAACAACAGUACGAAUCACAGUUAAAUGUUAAAUGCGAAAAUGAGUCUUUAAAAGCGCAAGUAGAAGCAGCAUCGGUGAUACAAAAAGAAAAAGAUUUGCUGAAAAAGCAAGUGAUGGAUCUACAGUCUUAUAUAAUUGACCAAGAAAACAAUGCCAAGAUGCUUCUUAAACAAAUAGAUGGUCUAAUAAAGAACAAAGAUGAGAUCCAAUCAAAUAUGAACAAAGCUUUAGCAAAUAUGAGAGCUGAGAUACAAAAAAAGGACAAUCUAAUAGCUUCUGCGGAUAUUAGAUUAAAUAAAAUGCAAUCGGAAUUGAAGAAUUCCAUAGAAGGUGUAUUUUGCGAGACUAGUUGUUACAAGGCGAAAGUUAAAGACUUACAGAAUGAAUUGAAUGCAGCAAGAGAACACAUCGCACGCCUAGAAAGAAUUUCUAAAGAAAAAUAUAAUGAUAUAAAAAAAUCAAAGGUCUGUGAAUUGGCAGCUAUACGUUUGAUGAGAAAAGAAUUGAAGGAAGCAAACAGGGAAAAUGAAACACUGCAAGAAAUUGCUAAUGAAAUGGCUGUUUUAACAGGUAAAGAGCAAUUGCAACAGAAACUGAAAAAACCUGAAUGUGCCGUUAGAAGAGUUGCUGAAGCAUUAUCGCAACAGUAUUACGAAUGGGAUCAGUUGAAUAAAGAAAGACGGAGAUCAAAAUCAAGUUGUUCUCAAAAUUGCAAAAGGAUAAGAGGAAGGGAUGAAAAAAAAUAUUAGUAAAAGUAGAUUCGAAAAUCACUCUAGUCCUGGAUAUAAUUUUACGUUUUGCUGAUAGUAUAAAGUAUAUUUGGACUAUUUGGGCAUAUCAUAAUGCUAAAUUCUUGGAAUUAAUUAGAAGUUUACAUGAAAUACAAAAUUGUUCAAAGACUUGAUUUUGCUCAUCUCUUUUGUGUUUGUGAGAAUAAAAUUAAUUUGGAGAAAAUCAUUAAUUUGUUCAUAUUGUCAUUUAUACUUUCAGCAAAUUGUUACAACAAAAUUUAUUUUCAAAUGUGUGUAGACAAAAAAAAAAUGUUUAUACGAAAUAU